AUGAAGACACCGUUCUUCCCACAGGAUCUAGCAUAUAGUGAGCUCACUACCCCCCUGUCAAUGUGCUGUCCAAACUUUUGCUUUUCCCAGACUCUUGCGCGUACGCGGUCGCAAUCCCUGUCACCAAUAAAAACUUAUUCACAGGCCCCGGCUCAAGGAAUUAGUACCAUGGAAAAGCCUACGGAUGAUUUACCUACUCCUUUGGACACCAAAGACCAUGCGGCGUUUAAAUCCUUCGACCUAUCAAGUGACGGGCUACGGACAAAAGACGGCGUUGUCUUAGUUCCUCAACCAUCCCAAGAUCCUGAAGACCCAUUGGCAUGUUGUUUCUUUCCGUACAUCAUCCAUCCUAAUUGGGCCAGAGGUCGGAAGUUGAGAAACCUGACUAUCCUCUGUAUGGCAGGGUUCGCAGGGACCGCACUAGAUCUGGCGAACCAACUUGCUAUGAAGGACCAGGCGAAAAAUUGGGAUAAGGAACUUAUAGAGAUUACUUACACCAUCUCUGCCUCGAUCGCAGGUAUUGCCUAUGGGCCAUUGCUGAUUAAUCCGGUGGCGCAAGCAUUUGGUCGCACUGCGAUUAUAUUUUGGUGCCUGGUGUUUGCGAUGGCCUGUGCUAUAUGGUCAGCUUGCAUGACAAGCAAAGGCGACUAUGAGCGUUUUGUUGCAUCGCGUCUGUUUGACGGUAUAUUCGGAUCAAUCCCCUCCAUCGUUGGCGUGGGAGCCGUGUAUGACAUGUUUUUCUUGCAUGAGCGUGGCAAGGCAUAUGCCAUCUUCCAUGUCUCCUUCCUGUUUGGCACGGUUGCGGGUCCAACCUUUGGGGGGUUCAUCGUCCAACAUACGAACUGGCCCUGGGUGUUCUGGUGGAUCGUGAUCGCGCAGGGACUUGUUCUCAUCCUUGGGUCGCAUCGCUCGGCUACCCUUCCGGGUUGGUUUCUCGCCCGUUGGUCUGCUUAUUGGCAUCUUCCAACUAGCAUCUUUUGGCUGUCCUCAACGGAACGCCUUCUGUACGCCUUCACUCCCCUCCCCCUCCCCAAAUUCCUUAUGCCCAUGGCUAACCACCACGAAGUCAUCUUCUCCCUCUGGGUUGGCCUUCUGACGGCCGAACUAUGGGGCUACCUCUGUAACGACCGCAUCGCUCUAUGGAUCUGCCGCACGCGCGAGAAGGGUGUAUGGAAGCCUGAGUGUCGGCUACAUGCCCUCUGGGUCCCAUCCCUCAUUAUUCUCCCCAUCGGCCUCGGCAUUGUCGGAUCUGCUCUGCAAUACCAUCUCCACUACAUGGUCCUCGCCCUAGGUGCCUACCUCAUCACCUUCGCCUCGAUGAGCUCUGUCCCAAUCGCUGUAACUUACAUGAUCGAAUGUGUCGCCUCGCAGCCCACCGAGAUGGGUGCGUUUAUGGGCGCUUAUCGUCUUACACUGGGGUUGGUCGUGCCGUUCUUCAUCGAUCAGUGGGUGGCCCGGGUGGGCUUCGGUUGGGUAUAUGGGAUGAUGGCUUUCUUUUCGAUUUUUGCUUUUGGGUUUGUUGUACAAAUGCCAAAAACGAGGUUGCAUACCGGAUAUUCAAAAUUUUCAGGCGUCCUGAAUCUAAGGGCUAUUCCCUUCGAGGCUGAUAUAAUAGGUUUCUUGGCCAUCAAGACAUUCCUGAAGAUAUAUGGAUACAAUCUUACAACGACUGACAUGCCAGGGCUUCCCAUAGCCUCCUCUCGUUCGAAUCAAAUCAUAGGAGAUCUGAUUACAACUGAAAAAUUGGACCUAGACGUCAUGUGCCAGUAUGCCCCUACGUGCUUUGUCGGCGUUGAUGCUAUCCAAAGGGACAAUGUUAAGCGGGGUAAACAUAAUGAAUAUGAGCCUUGCGAGGCAAUAGGCAGUUGUCCAUGA